AUGGAUAGGCAAAUGGGUGGUCGUUGGGAUGGGGUCUGCUCAGGGGACGGGCGUUCCGAACCAUGGAUAAUAGGGGUUGGUGGACGGGAACGUAUACGAACGAAAGGCCGAAACAAAGACUAUAUAGCGGAAAUGGAGGUCAAGUCUAGGCCUGAUGACAAGCAGCAGGAAAAUGGUUUAUCUAUCUUUCGAUUCAAGCAUGCGGUGUUGGGCGAUGAUCUUUGA